GAAUUGGAUGGUGGAGCGAACUGGACCCCACCUUGUUGAGGCAAAACCUCAAAAAGAGUAACUGAGUAAAGGAUAAGACAUCAUCAUUCACCACUCAUAUGUGAGAGACAGACACGACAUGAACAUGAACAUGAACAUGAACAUGACGAUGGCUUCCAAGUCCAAUUCCACAAUAUUUGGAGUUCCUUCUUUCACAACAUGCCCUUUCUCUACGACUGGAACUAGAACCUGCUGCAUUCAUGUUCUUGCCAUUCCAAAUGAAAAAACCAGAGACACUGUUUCUCUCGGUCUCAGUCUGAUCAAGAGGAGGAGCUUGGGUGGAUUUUAUAGUCCCAUUGAAACAACUCUCGGAUAUCUCAAUACACCAAUUUCAGCCCUUAAUUCAGGUUUAGAAGCAUCAAUUACAGAUUCCAACGAACUUUCAGCCGUGUUAACAAAUGCCAAAAUAGUACUGGAUUCUGAAGAUGAAAAUAAGAUACAGCUGAGAGUGGACUUGACUGGUGAUCAAACACAAAAAGUAUUCGAUAGGAUCGUAACAAACUUAGGUCGAACUGCCCCACCGGUUCCGGGAUUUCGCAUGCAAAAAGGAGGAAAAUCUUCAAAGAUACCAAAGGACUUCCUUGUUCAGAUGCUAGGGGAAGAACGGGUUAUCAAAUUCGCAAUACAAGAAAUACUCAACUCUACCAUGGCUGAUUAUGUGAAAAAGGAAAAUAUGGAUGAAAAGAACUGGAAGAUAAACACUACCCAAUCGGCAGAACAACUCAAGAAGUCAUUCACUCCAGGGAAUGACUUUGGCUUCAAUGUUAUACUUGAGCCUGAAAAUUAGUAAGAUUCUAAUCAACUUGUUAUGGGAGAUCUAGUUGUUGAGCAUAACCAGAUUGAUCGUCAAUGAUGGCAACGUGAUUUCUUUUCUCUCAAUAAUUUGCAUAUUAAAGAGGUGUUAUUUGUUCGUCAGUUUGGUGUACACAUAAAAAUGGGCUGCAAUAUUCUAUUAUGAGCCUUGCAAGAAAAAAUGUACAGGAAACACAUUUUAUAUUUUUCAUCCUGAUUUUGAAGGGAUACCAAAGUGACUCAGUUAUAUCUUACUGCCUCCUAGUUUGAUAUGUUACAAA